CAAAAACGGUGUAGUUUCAAAGUUCUCUUUUCCAUUUGUUCUCACCCAAAAAAAAAACAACAGAAAAAAAAAAAGAAAAAAUGAAACAGAGCGAAAUGAUCCGAAGAGAGGAAAAAAUCUGCCUAUUUUCGUAAUUUUCCUUUUCUUCAAUCCCCAAAAUUUUUGUAUUUCCCCGAUCUGCACGACGGUGUGUUAGACGCGCUACUGCGAAAAUCGAGCAUCUGAUGUAUCCAAUGGCGUUAUCAGACGCGGUGCUCGGUAACAUCACGGCGAUUUACGUGGCGGUGAUCGUCGCCAUCAAGGCGUACGGACUCCUCUCCGGUAGGAGCUUCGGCCCUGGAUUUCUCCUAGCCGCCUCGAUCUCCGCCGUCGCCGCCGUCAUCUUCGCAACUCUCGCCUGGGACGUCUCGCUCAGGGCGGCGGAGGCGGUUUCGCGGUGCAGCCGCGGCGGCGGAGAAGAUCGGAGCCACCACGUCGGAGGGAUCUGCCGUGGAGGGAUCUGUUGGCACGGAGUGGCGGUCCGGUCGCCGGCGUCUCAGGUCCGGUUCAGGCUUCCACAGCACAUUCCGUACGCCGGUGAUCUAUGAGAAUUGAUAUAAUAUAUACAUAUAUAUAUAUAUAUAUAUAUAUAUAUAUAUAUCAGAAGAACUGGGUUUUUAAAUUGUUGGUUUAGGGGUGAGUUUGUUGGGGUUGAAAAUGUGUAUGAAGUGCAAAGCCGAUGAGUGAAUAAUUGCGUAAAGAAUAAACAUUAGAUAAAUAAUGUAUAGUGAGAGUGACAUAAAAUUUGGGUAUUUGUGUUCAAGUAGCUUGUAAAUUAGGGUUCUUUGUAUCGAUUUUUGUAAAUUUAACAAAUAACUUUUCUCCAAAUCAUGAUAAGAUAUUUUGUUUGGGUUU